AUGGGCCAUUUCACUGCCGGGAAGCCCCAAACCACGGAGGACUUUCAGACCACAUGGAUGCCAGCUCCCACAGCUGGAGGUGAGAAGACUCACAAGGCUGAGCCUAUGCGACGAAUCUCCGUGAGAGGUUCUGCCAAGAGCCACCGGAUCUCCAAGACUGCUGCUUCUUCAAGCAAGAGCCAACCAAGGCCUCAAUCAGUCAUGUCACAGGGCGCUUCACUAGCGUCGAAAUUUGACAUCUCAGGUAAUGCACACACGUUCCAGGAAGGACCUCUUGGAAACGGCCGGAUGAUGGAUGUGUCCCAAUACCUUUACCAGCAAUCUGCUGCUAUGACAACAUCGCCGGAGAUGACCACGUCAGGCUUCUAUACCCAGAUGGAUGGUUUGCCUGUCAACGGAAUGGCCUACAGUGACUUUUCUGUUAACCAGCAUGUGGACCCCAAUGCCAUUCCCCUGGACUUUGACACCAGCAUGUCGGGUGGUUCGCCCACUCACUCCUGGGAUAAUCUGAGCGAGGGCACUUCGGCCUCGAAAGAGGAUGUCUGGCCGCUGGCCUUGCACAACUCUCCCUUGACGAGUGUUUCGUCCAACUCCCCGGCUCUCCAGUCACUGGAUACCUUCAGCCUAGGCGGGCAUGCCUCUCAACCAAUCAUGGGACCGGAGGAUCUCGACAGCAGCAUGAUUCCUGUCAUGGGAGACGACCAGGUCUCGCUGGCAGGCUGGAAUGGUCGCCGUACCGUCGGCGGCGAAGGUGAGUCUGCGCGGGAUCAUCCACUCUACAAGAAUGCGUAUCCCAAGGCGGACGGCCUCUUCCACUGCCCCUGGGAGGGACAGGCAAGCUGCAACCACAAGCCUGAGAAGCUCAAGUGCAACUACGACAAAUUCGUGGACUCCCACCUCAAGCCAUACCGCUGCAAGGUCGACUCGUGCGAGAACGCCAGGUUCUCAUCCACCGCAUGCCUGCUGAGACAUGAGCGUGAGGCCCACGCCAUGCAUGGCCACGGAGACAAGCCCUAUCUGUGCACCUAUGAAGGAUGUGACCGAGCCGUGCCUGGGAACGGAUUCCCCCGCAACUGGAACCUGCGCGACCACAUGAGGCGCGUUCACAACGACAACGGCUCUACCCUGAGCGCCCGCUCAGGACCGCCAUCGCCAAGCGGAAGCAUCCCAAAGGACUCCAAGAACAGGAAGAGGAAGUCUGAGCCCACUGGCAAGGCCUUGACCGGUCGUAAGUCCCCCAAGCCGGUGACGGACGUGGAGGUGCCCAAGGUCGAAGAUGCCUCGAUCAAGCUCCGCGGCGAGUGGGCCGAGAUCCAGGCGGCCCUGCCCAACCUUGUGGCCGCGUUCCCCCAGGCCGAUGACCCCAUGGUCUUGGACCACAUCAAUGCCUUCCGGGACCGCCUGGAUGCCAUGACCAGGAUCCACAAGGACCUCUUCGCCCACAACAACGCGGGUCUGGUCCAGCAGCCGUACAACCCCUUCGCUCAGCAAUCCGGCUGA